AUGUUGCGAACAAGUCUGUACAACAUCGGGAGUUUGAUAGCGAUACACUUUCACCCCGGCUCGGUGGUUCGUAGCUCGCGCGGUUCGAUCAAUGCCGCUACCAGUCACACAAGUCGUGUUGUCGGGUUUACUACCGUGGCCGCACCUCCGUCGAAUAAAAGGAAAAUGGCUGACAAACUAAGUCAACAAGAACGCGAGUCCUUGCUUCAACCAUUAUUAAACUCUGGCUGGAAGGUGCAAAGCAAUAGGGAUGCCAUUGAAAAAGAGUUUCAAUUUAAAAACUUCAAUGAGGCAUUUGGAUUUAUGACUAGGGUCGCUCUGUUAGCUGAGAAAAUGGACCACCAUCCCGAGUGGUUCAAUGUUUACAACAAACUACAGGUGACACUCUCUUCACAUGAUUGCAACGGCUUAAGUAAAAGAGACAUCAAGAUGGCAUCAUUCAUGGAUGAAAAUUUCAAAUAA